CCUGUCCGGGCCCUCGGCGCUGCCCAAGAAUACAGAAUACCGGCAGGGGCCCUUUGUCUCGCUCUGCUGUGCCCUGGACGGGCAGCAAGGGCAGGUAUCUGUAUGUACCCCCGCCCCCUGCCCUGUGGGUUAAUCAAGCUGUCAGUUGUCGUGCGUGACGUCGGCUGCCCCCUUCGAACAAGGCGUGCUGCCCCGUCUCCAGCCUUUGCGCACCUCGUCGCACACCAACACAACCUGCUGCAUCGAUGAUGAUUGCACUCCCCUAGCACCCGUCUCUCCGUCUUCCGACCCCGUUCCUUGGACGCGCACAUGCGGACCCUGAUAAUUUGUCCUCCCGCCGUAGAAUGUUCCUCCCACCCGCCGCCACCAGUCAUUGACACGCAUAGCCGCACAACAACGCGAUGGCUUCUCUCCUUUUGACCUCCUAGCCCGCCCGCCUCUGCUACCGCCCGCCCAUACGGAUACACUCUCUCUGACCACUCCCAUACCUGUACAACACGCCUGUUCGUCACUGUCCAGCCAGACUCUUCCUCUUCCUCCGCGCAGAGGAUCGACAACAGAGACCCCAGGCUGAAGUGGGCGAGAGAGAGUCUUCCGACAUGAUUCUCACUCUCACCCUCUCUCACUAGACUUGUACUUCUGAAAUGACGACGACAAUUUGACGCUAUCGAACAACAGAGGCCCCCGCUCCAUUAUGGGAUCUGAAGAGGCCCUUCGAUCAACCACCUCAAAUCCAUACGCUUCUCAAGACACUCCAUAUUCCAGCGACAGCUUGCGCCACACUUCCAACGUCUAGUUCCGCUGCCCGUUCUCGUCAGGAAGGCGUGAAUCGGAAUCAACCUGGUAAAGACACACACAAAAAGAAAAGGGCGAGGGGGGGCCUGGCCCUCGCAGCCUGUUAACUUUGCUGACCAUGUGGAAGGCCGGCCAGGCUGCAAGCUUGUUCGAGAACCCCGUCCUUAUGACUACACCCGGGCAGUCCGAGGCUCUCACGGCACUGCAACAAUCAUCUCUUGAUAUCCCGUUACCUGCCCACGACCAAGACGACCAAGAACCAUCCUCGCGGGCUUCUGAGGCCGAGUUGAAAGGUCUCUGGGCCACCGCACGGGUAUUCCAGUGCCCCAAGUGCAAGCGCCUGUUAGACGAUCCUGUUGAAUUACCAUGCGGGAAUUGCAUCUGCAGGGCCUGCAUACCCCAACUCCAGGCCAGACCCGAUAUCGAUGACACAUUAUGGCCUGGCACCGCGCAACGGCGGCAUGAGUUUAGGUGUCCGUGCUGCCCGGACGGCCACACCACCGAUGCUUGUUGGUCGGACAGGCUCACGGCCGAUGUUCUGUAUACCACCAAGCUAGUCCUUUCAGGGUCGACCAGGUCCACGCAACUGGUAGAAGCAUUUGAGAUGCUCAGCCACGGGCGCAUCACAGACACAGACGAGUUCCAGCAACCUACGCCACCAGACGACGACCUCAUCCUAGAUAUCCGAAAGCUCGACCACCUAUUGCGCAGUCAGAUGGACUGUGGGAUAUGCUAUCAGCUCCUGUACGAACCGUGGACGACGCCGUGUGGUCACACGUUUUGCCGGCAUUGCAUAAAGAGGGCGCUCGAGCAGCCCCAAAUCGGUCCUUACUGUCCGGCUUGUCGCGGUGACAUCGCCCUGCCAUACUUGGACAGUCGUCUCUUCCCACCAAACGGAUUCCUCUCGCGCCUGGCACUGCAUUUCUGGUCGGAUGAGCUCGAACAGAGGAAGCCAAUCGUUCGUGGGGAGUCCCCGUACCCUGUCAUGGAUGACACAGGACUGGAUGUCCCGCUGUUUGUGUGUGCUGUGUCCUUUCCAGGCAUGCCGACCUUCCUGCAUGUGUUCGAACCGAGGUACCGAGCAAUGAUUAUGAGGACAUGGGCCGGCGGCCGGGGGGGCAAGGAGUUUGGCAUGCUAUUCGACAGGCACGCAACCAUCGGCACCCACCUACGAGUCGAGGCAGCCACCUUCCUCUCCGACGGACGAAGCUUAUUGGAGACAAAGGGUGUGUCACGCUUCCGUGUCAAGCGGCAAGGCAUCCACAGUGAUGGAUAUGCCAUUGCCGAGGUCGAGGACUUCUCUGACGUCAGCCUCUAUGAGGAAGAAAGGAGAGAGGCUGCCGACUUCAGGCUGAAACCAGAAGCACGGAAUCCCGAGCCCGAGGUGCCAUCCAACGACGAUAUCAACUGGAUGAAGACGAAAGCCCUCAUGAGGUUCGCCAGCCGGUCCAUAACGCAAAUGGCUGCCACAAACCCCAGAUGGCUCAACUCACGCAUCCUGGCGGUGUUCGGCGAGUGCCCCAACGAUCCGGCCGUGUUUCCCUGGUGGUUCGCCUGCAUAUUCCCCAUCGCCGAGGAGCAGAAGCUUGCUCUUCUUGACACGACCACCGUGCGCGAACGGAUGAAGAUUGUUUGUCGGUGGAUCAUUAAUUGGAGUGAACCACAGCCUCUAGAACGGUUUUGUUGUGUGAUGUGACGGGGCUGCACCUGGGGGCAAGCGAUUUGACAACUCUUGUUUAACUGCCCCGAAACACCUUUCCUGUACUUCCCUUUCUUUGUGAUACCAAGUCGUGUGCAUACCCAACUGUUCCAUCCCAAAUAGAUAUAGGCAGCUGUCUCAACUGCCCCGAAUUCUACAUAAAUCAGCAUAGCAUGUCCUACUCGGUGUCGUUGGCCUUGAUAAGCGCGUUGUGCAAAUAGUGGAACGGAAAGGUCUGGACUGCCAAUGUGAGGGACCUACCCGCUCAUGUUUGACGAGCCGGAGAAACCAUGUACAUGAUGUGGUUCUGCUAAAGGACAACUGGAGAGUUUGGUGGAGUUUGCCGUCAAUGGACUCCCUUCGGAAGCGCAAUUUGUCUAUACCAGUGUAUUGUGAUGCGCGUUAUUCACAGCACCGCACUUCAAGUUCGGAGAACCAUGUUGCAUCACGAUGAAUAGAUGAAAGGCUUUGUAGA